ACCUGAAGUUUCAUAUGCUGCAUGAUGUGUGAGCCAUUUUCAGCAGAUAAUUUAUUACUUGGCCUGCUUCUUAUUGGCUGAUUAGAACUUCAGGAAGUCAUAGGGGCAGAGAGAUAGCGAGUUUAGUCUGUUUCCUGAGGGUAUAGAAAUCACACAUAGCUUGCUGGUUGGAGGGAACAAAGCGAGGAGUUUUGGUUUGUUUUCUGGGUGUUUUUCUCUGUGGUUAGAUAUAACAGAAGAAAUGAAGAUGUGCAAAACUAUACUUCCUUGUAUUCUAUUACUAUCAGUAGUGACGAUGGCAGUGCCAGAGGACGUCAUGGAGGCGCCCGUCUCAGAUACGGCGGAGGAGAACAUCAUGGAGGCGACCAUCCCAGACACGGCGGGGGAGAGCGUCCCAGACACAGCAAGGGAGACGACGGUGGCGCCCGUCACGGGGGAGACCGUCCUAGACACGGCGGGGGAGACGACGGUGGAGACCGUCCUAGACACGGCGGGGGAGACGACGGUGGCGCCCGUCAGGGGGGAGACCGUCCCAGACACGACAGGGGAGACCGUCCCAGACACAGCAAGGGAGACGACGGUGGCGCCCGUCACGGGGGAGACCGUCCUAGACACAGCGGGGGAGACGACGGUGGCGCCCGUCAGGGGGGAGACCAUCCCAGACACGACGGGGGAGACGACGGUGGCGCCCGUCAGGGGGGAGACCAUCCCAGACACGACAGGGGAGACCGUCCCAGACACAGCGAGGGAGACGACGGUGGCGCCUGUCACAGGGGAGACCGUCCCAGACACAGCGAGGGAGACGACGGUGGCGCCCGUCACGGGGGAGACCAUCCCAGACACGACGGGGGAGACGACGGUGGCGCCCGUCAGGGGGGAGACCAUCCCAGACACAGCGAGGGAGACGACGGUGGCGCCCGUCAGGGGGGAGACCGUCCCAGACACGAUGGGGGAGACGACGGUGGCGCCCGUCAGGGGGGAGACCGUCCCAGACACGACGGGGGAGACGACGGUGGCGCCCGUCAGGGGGGAGACCGUCCCAGACACGACGGGGGAGACCGUCCCAGACACAGCGAGGGAGACGACGGUGGCGCCCGUCAGGGGGGAGACCGUCCCAGACACGAUGGGGGAGACGACGGUGGCGCCCGUCAGGGGGGAGACCGUCCCAGACACGACAGGGGAGACCGUCCCAGACACAGCGAGGGAGACGACGGUGGCGCCCGUCACGGGGGAGACCGUCCCAGACACGACAGGGGAGACCGUCCCAGACACAGCGAGGGAGACGAUGGUGGCGCCCGUCACGGGGGAGACCGUCCCAGACACGACGGGGGAGACGACGGUGGCGCCCGUCAGGGGGGAGACCGUCCCAGACACGACGGGGGAGACGACGGUAGCCAUAGUGCUUGGACAUAAAAACAUCUCAACUUCAGGGCUGCCAUCAGUAAAAAGCUUCUCAAGUUCUACAAUGAAAAUAAGUAGAGAAUCAACUUUCUUUUUCAAGUCUACUACUAAACAACUAAUUUUGAAGGACAACAAUUUAGUCAGAUCACCUUCUACCAACCUGCCUUUGGGGCCAGAGAAAGAACAGCAAUCAUCUGGACUAGUGAUAGGACUCAGCAUUUUCUUUGGGAUCCUCCUUAUGUGUGUCAUCAUUAUUUGUUGCUGUAUAUGGAAAAAGUCAAGAAAAAGCUCAUUUGAAUUGAAAUCAGUAGAAGCAACUGUUCCCUUAAAUCCCAUUGAAACAAAAGAAUCAAGCUCAGGUGGGGAGAAGAAAUGAAAGCAUUCUCACUUAAUAGCCAUUCAAGAACAUCUCACAAAAAGAACUAAUAUGGCUGAAUCUUCAGAGAAAUUAAAAUGGAUUGGAAAAAUUCAAAGAAAUCUACUUAAUCACAGAAAAUGGCACUCUCAGUAGUGUAAACUUCUUUUUAAAAGGCACAUUUUGGUGUGUUCCUGAAUCUAGUAACAGUAAUAAGCAGAUGUUCAUUGGUGCUGGCUGCUACAAAUCUUUAUUCAUUGCCUGUUCCUUUUUGGUUGUGGAAAAAAGCUCACCUUACUUUAAUAUAGGUCUCUAAGGGCCAAAUUCCAUCAUUUAGGUACAAAUCUGCACUAGCAUACGAGGAACUGGGGGAGGCAUAAUCCCUCUCCCAGCUCUCCAGGAUGCAGAAGAAGCAUGCCAUGGUCCUUCUCUUCCUGCCCUUGCCUGCUUCCUUUAGGGGAUUUGUGGCUCUGAGGGUGCACAGUAGGAGGGAGACACAGAGGGGGGCAGUCCUUGCGCUUCCCUGAGUAUAGGAACUGGGAUCUUUCUGGGCCCUUAUGUGGAGCUCCUAAGGAGUGCAGGGAAAACUCCAUAUGCCCCCUGCUCCCACCGAUUCAUCUGCCCAAAAGCCUCUGACAAUCUAGUCCCUAAUUGUUUGUACAUAGCUUGUUUUGUAAUAAAUGACCUAUUUAAAAGUGAGUCUCAGCACAAUGUAUUGCUAUUAAAUGCAAAAAUGAUGCUGAUGCACUGCUAAGAUUGAAAUGUGAUGCUCACUAAAAUCAGAAACUGUAGAGUUAAGGGACCAGAGCCUCAGCUGGUGCAAACAGACAUAGCUUCCUUGGCUUCAUUGGAGCCAUACUGAUUGACACCAGCUGAAGAUCUGGCCCCAGGUUUCCAGAGACACUUUUGCACAAUAGGGAUUUUUAAUAUCUAAUCAUAACACUUAUACAUUCAAUAACACAAAAUGUUAUAUUUGUUCAUCGAGUGUUAUAAAAUAAUGUGUAGUUUUAACAUGGAAGCCUACGAUCCCAUAUACCAUGUUUACAGUUUUACAAACACAAUGUAAGAAAACAAUGCAGCUUAUUUCCAUGGUAUGAAGUUAUUUGCUAAAUAGUGUUAUUUCAAUCAGGGUUGUAUGAUCCUAGACGGAAAAACCCUUUUGUAAUAUAUGGGCCUGUCUGCUUUUCCUCUCACACCAGUAUAAAUCAAGAAUUUCUUCACCGGAGCUAAUGAAGAUACACCUGUGCAAAAACUAGUAUAAAUGCAUAAUCAGACCCCUAAAUGUGCAAGCUUUAAAUUGAAGACUCUUUAGAGUAGAAAUUGUGGUUUUCUUUUAUCUCAUUCAGCCCCUGUGCUUAACAAUAACUAUAAUCAAUAAAAAGGUGACAGUUAAGGUUGGGAAUCUUGCAUUUCCUGAAUUUCAUAGUACAAUCUAAGGGCCCUGUUCCACUACUCUACUCUGAGUGGGUAGCACUUAUUUACUUACUGAUGUCAAUGGAACGACUCAUUUGAGUAAAUAUUAUGCAAUGUGAGUGCAGAAUCCAGCACUUAGUAGUCGCAUACUUUAGUCUCAGUAUACUAAGUAAAGUUGGUAUAUUAAUAAAAUGGCAAGGUGAGGCAGCAUGACCCAGUGGGUAUGGUACUAACCCAGCAUUUGGGAGACCUGGAUUCAAUUCCCUGUUCUACCAGAGACUUCCUGUGUGACCUAUAGUCAAGCUACUUAAUCUCUCUAGGCCUCAGUUCCCAGUAUGUAAAACAGGAGUAAUAGCAAUUCCUUACCUUACAAGGAUGUUGUGAGGAUAAAUACAUUAAAGAUUGAGAUGCUCAGGUAACAGGUGCUUUUGCAAGUACCUUAUCCAGAAAAUCAUGGGUUUCGGCCUGUUUCCAAAUCUGCUCAGGCAUGAUAUCUUCCUUCUUAAUAAUAAUAUGGAAUUGAGUUAUAUCAGCCUUCAGCCAGUAAUCAACCUUCUAUGAGGAUACAAAAUCUUAAGCACAGAAGUUCCUUGCAUGAGGGGAAGAGAAGAUGAAAGCUAGUUCAGCACCAUUGAGGGCAAAGGGAAUUUUACCAUUGACUUCAGUGGAUCCGGAUAAGACUGAUCACACAGAUGGGUAAUUGAAAAUGCUGGCCACUUUUUUUCCUCUAUGCUUAAUAAAUGAGAGCUAAAAUCUUUCUCAUGUGUAAACAUGAUCUGAGUUAAGGAUGAGCUCAUUACAAGAAUUCUGUUUCAUUCCAGUCUUACUAAAAACUGCAAUUUUAAUUACAUUAUUAUUCUUUUUGUGGAAAUGAAAAACUCUGAAUUUUGGAAGAGCAAUCUAUAAUUUUGUUUUGCUUGAUAUAGACAUGGUCUGCAGAUUUCAGGGUAUUUUGUUAAAGAAAUGUCAUAGUUAAUUUGGAUUAAUUGAAAGUUAAGCAUAUGCUUAAGUGCUUUACUACAUUUUAUUGCCCUGUAUGGUCCUAUAGUGCUGGCUGAAUGUUGCAGAAGCAGGCUCAAAGAUGUUUGUUCAUGCAUCAGCAGUUCAGGUCAGCCAUAUUUAUGUCCUUUUUUUAUUUGCUGUUCAUUAAUAUUUGUGUGAGUGGUAUUUUCGUUUUGCAGAUGUUUGUGGAAUGGCUGUAUUUGUAUGAACAAUAUUAUUUGUGUUCUAACAGGAGUAUUUGCUAUUCAAUAUUUGGUGUCCACCAUUUGUUAGUGUCCUAUUUAAAAUGUUUGUCAGCCAAUGAGCAAUUAGAAACAAUACUAUGUGACUUAUGUAAUCAAUUCCACCUAUGAAUAAUGAAUACCAAAUAGCGAACAACUCAGAAGUUGAAAAUGGUUUGUCCUACCUAUCUUGUUCAUGUUUACAUUCCAGUAUAACAUGUACAUUAGGAGAAAUCUAUAUCAGUGAAUGUGGAUUUAGUGGUGUAUUGUGCUAUGGCUGCACUGUCAAAAAAGUACAAUGCACUUUCCCUGUACCUUUUAAUCAGAGUAGCUAUCUAUGAUAGGCCUGUCUCAGCAAUGUCAAGGAAUAUUUUCAUUAUUUCCUUACAGUCAAUGGACAAAUAUUGCACAUUUAUGUUUGGUUUUUUAUUCUAAUCAAAAUCUCACUAUAAUGCUGCUUUUGAAAGAAAAUAUUAGACAAUGCUGUAGUUUGCUAAUAACCUGUAUAAGUAUAGUUCAAAUCUGCAUUCUGAAAAAAGCCUCUGGCCCAAACAUCCUAUGUCAGGUACUGAAUAUGGUCCAGAUGUCUAUUCAUGCAUAUUAACUAAUAUUACUAAUCACAUAUGUCUGUUAAGAAAAGUGAAGCAAUGUUUUUAAAACUUCUUUUUGCUGGUGCAAUAUAACUUGAUUGAUAAAAUGAUUUCCACCAAAUGCAUCCGAUGAAGUGAGCUGUAGCUCACAAAAGCUUAUGCUCUAAUAAAUUUGUUAGUCUCUAAGGUGCCACAAGUACUCCUUUUCUUUUUGCGAAUACAGACUAACACGGCUGCUGCUCUGAAACCUAUCUUACAGUGAUAUCACUAUAAAUGCCUUUUAACAGAAUUUGAUGUCAAUAGAACUACUAUGCAUUGUGGUGCUUCCACUGACAGGCUAAAAAGAUCGGUGGGUCCCUUGGACACACUGAUAAUGUCAGGGAAUCACAACAUUGUUAUGGGGUGAAAUCCUGGCCCCAAAAUCAAUAGACAUUUUGCCAUUGGCUUCAAUGGGGCCAGAAUGCCACCCUUGCGCUCCUUUGCAAUAUCUGUGUACAGCAAAAUUAUUUGGCAUGACUUCCCUCAUAUGACUGGCUUCACUAAAGUUGAGAUGGUAUGUAGUGCAACAAAGACACAUCAAAAGGAAAACAAAAGAAAAUAACAGGGACUGAAUCUUGGUAAAGUAUGUGGUCGGCUCAGAAAAUGGACUGGUACAUAGCCAUCAUUUUUUUGAGUGCACAGUGUAGCAGGAACUUCUCUUUGUGUAGGAGUAUAUCACAGUACACUGUACUGUGCUUUGAGGGAGCAAUGCUUUUUUAUGCAAAGUCAUCCUCCAGUCUGUUAACAUUCACUUUAUCGGGUUUCACCCUCUUGAACAUGCCAGCUGCAGACUCACCACUGCCCAACUGUCUAAAGCGGCCUAACACUAUGUAUAAAAGUGUCUUGUGGAUGGGAAGUGGUGAGGAAGGGGGUGAAGGGGAAUUGCCAUGCUCAGAGGAUUAAUAGUUGCAGAUGUUGGUUUAUUUGUUUAGACUGGCAGUGGGUGAAAGUCUCUGCCACACUAUCACAAGACCAUUCAGGCCUGUAUGAAAUGAGUUUCUCUUCCUCCAGUUCCUAGUGGAUGAUUGUCACAAAACACCAAUAGAAUUGGAAUUGCUUGGCUGUCCCUGCAGGCAGGGGUGCAGGAACAAUUUGUAUAGUGGGGGUGCUGAGAGCCAUUUAACCAAAUUGUAAACCCUGUAUAUAAUGGGAACCACUUCAAGCUGGGGGCUGCAGCAGCACCCCCGUUCCAGCACCUAUGCCUGCAGAGAGGCUGACUAUCAAAUAAGCAUGGAAAUUACAAUAUCUUCUUGCCUCAUUGACGUCCCUCUUUGAAAGAGUUAACACACAACAGUUGGACAGUGUGAGACAAAUUUGACAUGAUUUUUUGCUAGAAGCCAUCUGCAAUCAAGGGAUGCACAUGUUCUUUUGAUACAGAAUUUCAUCAAUGGGCAUUGAUAAGAGAUACAUGUUCUAUUGAGAGAAGAGUUCAGUACCUUAGGAUUUUAGUCCAGUUGCCUUUCAAGUGCACUAAACUCACUUCCAGCAAAUUCUGUUCUCAGCUUCCCCAGUUUAAAUAGGAAGUUACCCCUAUUGAAGUCAGUGGCCUUGAUUAACCACUCUUUCUAAGAUGCUUGCGAAUGUAGUGACAAGGGGAGGCUACAGGGAGCUGAUUGUGGUUCUCAGAUACAGUCCUUCUAGCCUGAGUACAAGAGCAAGAAGUGUCCUACUUUAACUUAGCCUGCUGGUAUAAGGUCCCCAUGCAGAGCUCAUGCCCACUCCUUUCCCUCAGCCCUCCCGCUUAUGCUGGUGUGGGAAGGAUGUCUUGCAUGGGAGGCACAGCUCUAUGCCAGCAGCAAUUCUCCUUCACACUGGAAUUCCACUGGAAUGUCUGACUGGUUUAAGACCAUUUUGCAUAGCAGCAAAGUGACCUUAGUGAACCAGGUAAUUUGGGCCAACUUCAGUGGAAAUUACUCCAGAUUUACACAAGAUGUGCCAGAGAGCAGAUUUUAGUGCUUGAAACAAAACAGAAAAAUUAGUAUGAGAUUCCUCCAUUUAAAUUCUUCAUCAGGCUCAGCCUGGGGUUUUGGGGCUACCAUCAGCAGAUUAACUGAAACAUCUGUAAUACAGCUGGAGUAAGUGGAUGUACAGAUGCUGUCUCAAUGGGGGGGG